AAUAAAUAGUACAGCACUUAUUAUGAUCCACCGGAACACUGAAAAUCAUCCAAGGUAACAACAGCUGAGCAGAUCGUCCGGAAAAUGGGGAGGAGUGCUUUCAAGCUAGAGCAUGACUUAGAAAAGAGGCGUGCUGAAGCUGCAAGAAUUAGGGAAAAGUAUCCUGAUAGAAUUCCAGUUAUUGUGGAGAAGGCAGAAAGAAGUGACAUUCCUAACAUUGACAAGAAAAAAUACCUAGUCCCAGCUGAUCUCACAGUUGGUCAGUUUGUAUAUGUCAUCCGGAAGAGAAUUAAACUGAGUGCAGAAAAGGCCAUCUUCAUAUUUGUGGACAAUGUCCUCCCUCCAACAGGAGCAAUAGUGUCACAAAUAUAUGAUGAGAAGAAGGAUGAAGAUGGAUUUCUCUAUGUUACAUACAGCGGGGAGAAUACAUUUGGCUAGCAUAUUAUGCAGUCCCCCUACAUAUAUAUCAACGUGUUCCUCGCCUUAAAUAAUCUAGGCCUGAUGCCGGUAUCCGACACCCUCUUCUUCAUUACAUGUAUAUUAAUCUGUAUGUAUAGCUUCUCUAUGUGAAAAAUCAGACUGACGAACACCUUAAAAUUCCUUGAUAUAUAUCAUGUCUCCAAGCCAUCAUUGUCUGUUCACAUGACAUUUUAUUCUGUGGGAAUAAGAAACCAUAACAAUUUAA